AUGGAGGCUUUUUUGGUACGAUUUGCUUCACGUGGUAGGUAUAUCGCAUACCUCGAAACCCAUCUUGAUGCUAAGCUAGAUGAUAUCAGAAAACGACUACAAAACGAGUGUUCAGAUCUGUUACCAGUCCAUUUUUCCUUUCUUUUCAAAAAUAUUAAAAUAUCUGUGAUACAAGAGUCCAAGUUAUCCGUACGACAGUGUGCAGAAUUAAAAAUUUUAAAAUCAAAGGUCGUUUAUAACAUGUCACUGCUUUUGGAGGAUACUGUGGACAGUAACGAUGCAAACCAGAAGUCGACGGCUCUUCAUACGGAAAUAAAUUUAUCGGUACCUGACGAAACAAAAUUACAGUCAGCACGUCUUUCUCGAUGCAGACAGUCGGACACUGAAAAUAUUUCAGAUGUACAAGACUUGGGGCCUGCUGCCAGUGCUGGCCAGACUGGAAAUAGUAAUCGAAAGAACAAAAUCGAUACCUAUUCAAGAAAUGAUAUUGAAACACAAAACUCAUGGAUGGAGAAAGAAAUGAUGAUAUUUUGGAACACAAAAGCUGAGUCACUUCAAGUAUCUAGUGAAACAGUGCAUUUUAAGAAACAAGAACUCAUCGGUGUCCUUGAAGUUUCUUGGGCGUUUCAAAAGGCGGAUUUGUUAAAAAUAAGAAUCGCUAAAGUUAAAAUUCGACAAGAACGUUGUAUGAGUGUAUUCAAUGAAAAAUAUGACAAAUUUGAAAACCAUGUUGAUGUAUUAUACAUAUCCAUGCAGAUCGACAAACACGAGGAGGAAGUCUCUAAAUUACUACAUGAAAUCCAUGUGAAACACGAAAGAAUUUUAGACUUACGUCAAUCAAAUAUUAGUAAAGACUCGAAAGAAAUAACUGACACAGAAAAUGAAAUCCACAUUCUAUUACACCAACUAAAGUGUACUACUGAUUAUCUGUACAAGGCGUUAUGUGUUCAGGAGAAUCGUUUGGACAACUUCGAGGAAAGAUAUAUAAAUUGUGUUGACACUGAAAAUCCGCCUCUUUUGAACACACAGGAAAUGGAGGAAUUAGCUUUAAAUAUAUUGCAUACAGAGCACGAAAUGGCAUAA